AUGGAUGUUGAUGCAUUUAUUACUAGUGUUUUUGUUAAAAAUCCCCUAUGGGAUCAGAAAGACUCUCAGCACCAUAACCGCUUUGUUUUGGAUAAACUGUGGGAUGCUGUGGCCGAAGAAAUGAAAACAACAAGGAGUAUCGUGAGGACAAAAUGGAAAAACUUGCGAGACACAUUUCGCAAAGAACUUAAAAAAAAGCCAGUACAACGAUCGGGGGAUGAGGCAUCCUCUUGGACAUCAUCUUGGCAAUAUUUUGAUAGUCUUUAUUUUUUAAAAGACCAAUUUACUGCCCGAGUAAGCACCGGAAAUUUGCCCGAAACUGAGCAAAACAUCAAUAUUCUGGAUGAAGAAACAAACACCCAGUUAUCAGAACACCGAUCAGAACCAAAUAAGCCAAACUUGGAUGAUUCUACUUAUGCCGAUAAAUUACCACUGACGAACGAUUCGUCUCAAAACAAAAGCAGUUUAACUAUCACACCUACUGUUAACAAAUUAAAACGAAAGAACCAAAAUGACACAGAUGUUGGUGCUGCACUUAUAAGAUUAGAAGAACAAAAACUCAGGAUUCUAGAAAAAGAGAAAAAAACCCUUGAUGAAGACGAUUGCUUUUUUGACAGCCUUCUACCACACAUUCGCCCGCUCACCCCACAAAGAAAAAUGUUAUUAAGAAUGAGAAUUCAGGAACUUGUUUAUAACUUUAUUUACAAUGAUCAGCCGCCUAGUCAAGCUACUCAAAGGCAAAGUAAUCAUCAAGCUCAAAAUAUGCAUGAUGUAUAUGAAGUUAUUGUUACAGAAAAACAACUGCGUAAGAAGUGGAAGAACCUGCGCGAUCAGUUUCGGAAAGAAAAAAAGAAGUUCCCUACGCCGCGUUCUGGUGACGCUGCCAACGAAACAGAGAGCACUUGGCCAUACUUUCAACUCAUGCAAUUUUUAAACGAUGAUAUUACACCUGAAGUCAUGACUGGAAACCUGCAUGAUAGUGAUUCGGAUUCCCUGAACGAGUCCUGUCAUACUGAGGAGCAAAAUGAUGUGAUGACUCCAGGUAGAGAAGUGAUGAAAAGGUGGAAACAUUUACGUGAUGCUUUUAUCAGAUCAGAAAAGAAUUUCAAACAAUCUAAAGCAAUUGGUUCACAGGCCUCCAAGAGAAAAAAAUACAUUUUUAACGAUGAGCUACAGUUUCUGCGCAAAAUAUACAAGGAAAGAGAACUAGAAGAGAGUUAUGACAACGAAGAUGAGGAGAUUGCAGGACCCAGUGCUGCGUCAGUACUAACGGAAGUGACUGAAAUUGAAGACUCCACCAAAGCAGUUGUUUCAAAAGCAAAACCGCCUACAAGACAACAUAAAAAGAUGGAUGAUGUCGACUUGAAAAUUUUGCGGACAAUGGAGCAAACAGAACCGGAAAAAAAACGACAAAUUGCAAUUCUUUGAAAGCUUGCUGCCUCAUGUAGACAAAUUUGACGACAACCAGUGGCUUCAAUGCCAAAUGGAAUUUCUCAGUCAUUUCUAAAAUCAAAAAUUCAUACCCCUGCAUACCUCAACCCCGCAAUGUAGAGAACCAUUCUACUUCCCAGAUACAGCAGUUCAAUCUACAAUCCAACCUUACCCAACCUGUCAACGUUCCCUACAUGUCUCAACGAGCAUUUGCGAUAUACUUUGUAUAAAUAAAGCCGGAUUAUUAUUAUUAUUAUUAUUAUUAUAAAUGAUGUCCCCUCAGUAUCCAGCACAACAAAUGACCUGCUCCCCUUUUAUAAAUUUCCAGCAUAUUUCAAAUGAAACCCAGGAUAAAAGUUUUGCUUGUCAAAUGAUCAGGGAUGAUAAUGUUCAGCCUUCUCGCAGCCCUUCUGUAGCUUCUUCAUCAACCACAAUUGAUUUUACAGAAUUGUAAUUAAACGUCAUCAAAUAUUGCCAAAAAUGUAAUACAAUGUAACUUAUUCUGAGC